AUGGCAGGAGACAGACAUAGAGGCCAUGCCAUCAAAAAUCACUUCGUCGCUGCUACUGGAGAGUUCGUGGGCACCUUCUUCUUCCUCUACUUCGCCUUUGCGUGCCAACUCAUGGCAUUUUACCAAGCAAGUGACAAGGCACCGAACGGAAGCAACAGUGCCUCGACAGUCGUCUACAUUGCUCUGGGCUAUGGUAUGUCGCUCCUGGUCGCCGUAUGGAUCUUGUUCAGAAUCAGUGGUGGACUUUUCAACCCAGCAGGUCUGGUUCUUUUCCCGGCUCAAAUCCUUGGAAGCAUAGUCGCUGCUGCUCUAGUGAGCUGUAUGAUUCCUGGUGACAUUUCGGCCACCCGCACCGUUCUGGCUCCUGGCAUGUCCGAAGUACAAGGCGUCUUCUUUGAGAUGUUCUUAACAUCUUUCCUCGUCUUUACCGUCCUCAUGCUUGCAGCUGAGAAGUCGAAGACCACUUUCCUUGCCCCUCUGGGUAUUGGAUUGGCUUUGUUCGUCGCUGAGCUUGCAGGUGUUUACUACACCGGAGGUAGUCUGAACCCUGCACGUUCGUUCGGCCCUUGCGUCGCCGCUGCUAGCUUUAAUCAUGCACACUGGAUCUACUGGAUCGGUCCUCUCCUUGGCGGUCUUCUCGCUGCUGGCUACUACCGCUUCUGCAAGUACUUCAACUAUGAGGAAGCGAACCCCGACCAGGACCAUGCUGGUGCAGACGAGAUCGUCUAA